AUGGUUAGGUUAGGAUUAGGUUGUCGAAUUCAUAGGUUAGUGGCAGGAAAAAGUAAAUCAGCCAAUAGUGGCGAUGGUGAAGUUGAAUUACAAUAUCCGCAGAACAUAUUUAUUGAUGAAAAACAGAAUCGUAUCUGUGUACUUGAUCAAGGUAAUCAUCGUUUUCGAAUGUUUUCGAUGAAAGAUGAAGAUAAUCCUAAGGUGAUUAAAUAUUCAUUGGAUGAAGAAACAAGUGAAGUUAUCAUGGAUCCUAAGGAAAGUCAUUGUUUUGAUUGCCGAGAUAUUUGUUUGGAUCAACAAGGUACAAUCUAUUUGUCUGGCUAUUGGAACAAUCGUACUGUUCGUAGGGCAAAAGAUUAUAAAACAUCAACGGUAAUUGUUGACGAAAAAGCAGCAACAUUAGUUACAUCAAAAAAACAAUUGCAAUAUCCAUCACGAAUGUUUAUUGAUAAAAAAGAGCAAUUAUAUGUGGUUGAUACUGAUGCUGGUCCUGGUUAUCGAUCCAAUCAAUUAUCUGUACCGAAGCAAUUAAAAUUUGAUUCUAAUGGACAUUUGUAUGUUGUUGAUUAUGAUAACCAUCGUAUUCAACGUUUUAAUAAUGAUAAUAGUGAUUGUAAACAAAAUUAUACAGUAAUAUUGAAUGUGUCUAUGGCAGAUCGUGGUACAUAUGUAUGUCAAAAUAAAGAUAAAAAAUCUUCGGUUAAAGUUACAUUAAAUGUUAAAGCUGCCCAUGGUCCAUUAAACGAUAUAGCCUAUGUGGGUGAAAAUUAUCGUCUAACUUGUUAUCCAACAUACAAUGGAACAACACAAUGGUUAAAAGAUGGUAAACUCUUACCAACACAUUCAAAUCCGGAUAAAUAUUAUGUUGAUGUCGUCCCAGUCCUACACUGA